ACAAUGGCUGUUUCUCCCUGGCUCCUCACUUCUGUGCUCUUUCUGCUGCCCUUCACGACACGUGUUUCAGCACAGCAACAAGGAUGUUCUGUCGAUAAUGACAAACCAAGUGUUUAUGAAAAUAACCUUCCUGGCUACGUGGUGACCACGAUCCAUACAGAACCAAACUUCACUGUAACGAUUGAUCCUGCUUCCCCUGAUGUCAGUUUUUUCGCUAUACAGGGGUCGGAGCUGCAGCUAACCCGAAGUGUGGACUAUGAGGAAGACACCGUGCUGCUGGUGUACCUGAUUUGCCAGAACAGCGCUGAGCAGGUAGAUUCUUUGCAAAUUGUUGUGACCAUUCUCAAUGUCAACGAUAAUGCUCCAGUGUUUAAGCAAACAAACCUCACAGAAGUUGUUCCUGAGGAUACAAAGGUGAAUGCAACCAUUGUAGCCCGUGAGGAUUUAAGUGCUAGUGAUGCUGACCUGGACAUCAUCUUUUAUGAACUCACAACAACAGUGCAGGGCACAGAUGGUUAUUUUGCCAUAAAAGGAGUCAAUAACCCAGAAAUUUAUUUACAAAAAGCACUGGACUAUGAGAAAUUUAAAUUGACAACUUUGCUCUUGUACGCAAGGGACAGGCCUGUGGGCAGCACUGACACCACCCACACAGCUACCGCAACGAUAAACAUCUUUAUCGAGCAAGCUGACACCAAACCACCCUGGUUCCUACCCUGCACCUUCAUCAACGCCGAGAACAGCGUUUGCAUCAGCAGCCCCUAUACCGGGAGGGUCAAUAUCUCCGAGGUGUCGACGGAACCACUCAUCCUGGAGCCGGGGCCUAUUUAUGCUAUUGAUCCUGACUACACUAUAAAUGAAAAAAUCCAGUACAGUAUUGUUGGUGGGGAUACAGACAAAGUAUUCUCAGUGGAUGCAGACACAGGGAAUCUAACUAUGAACAAAGCAGCAACUUCUCCAGAUUCCUACUUACUGCAAGUCAUGGCCACCCAGGUCAACAACAUACAGAAAUACUCCGUAGUCAGUGUAGAGAUUAAAGUCGUCAAUAAAAGUGUUUAUCCACCGUCCUUUGAGAGCAGGAUCUACAAUGGGACAGUAUUUGUUGGUCUGGUCCCCAGAAGCUUUGUCCUCCAAGCUGGUGAACCUUCAAGCCCCCUGAUGAUAACAGCAACGGAUGAGGAUUUCCCUGAUAAAGUCAACCCAAACAUUGAGUACUACAUAAAAAACAGCACGGAUUUCAUCGCAACCAAAGAUGGACUCAUCCUGACAAACGUGAUGCUGCAGUCACCGGGAAAGGUGACCAUCGAGGCUGUUGGAAAAGAUAUGGUGAGCCUGCAGGAGGCCAGCACUGUGAUCGUGGUGGAAGUCGUCCUUCCCACAGCUGCAACCUCCUCUGAGAAGACACACACUGCUCAGGACAUGGCUAUCUUAGGUGGAACCUUAGCUGCACUGCUGUUAAUUGCCUUGGUCUUCCUUGGAGUGAUGAUAUAUAAACGGUAUGGAAAACCAGUCAAAUACCUGCUAAGGAAAAAGACCUCCAAGGAAAUCUCCGGGGGUUACCAGAACCAAUCUUAUGAGCAAGAAGAACACCCAGAUGUGAACACCAAGCAGCAUGAGGCGUCAGAAAAUGACAGUGUUCAGUUGAUGACAGAAACACUAGAGCAGCCAGCGCUUUCCUUGCCCUCUUCCAAUGCAGAAGAAAUUAAUGGCCUCCCAAAGGCUUCCAUAGCUUCCACCAUCCUCUUUGACCAGGAAGAGAAAGAGGAAGAAGUGAAAGAAGAGGCUGAGCAUGAGAAAGAAGUGAAGUCUAUCCUCAAGACAGACAGGCACGUGACAGAUGACGGCUACAAAGCUGUGUGGUUUAAGACUGAUGUGGAUCCAGAUGCUGGAGAGAAGGUUGAAGUGAUUGAGGACAAUGGAGCAGAUAGUGAUGAUGACAGUGACCAAGAUCUGCAAAAGAAUGAGGAGGAGGAAGAAGAUUAUGACAAAGAUGAUCACCACAGAGGGCUGGGAAUCUCUUUUGCCUCAGAGGGCUCAUCGCCCCCAGCUGCAGAAGAGAUAGUCAAGAUGUCUCGCACAGAUGCAGUGACAGAAGAUGACAACCAUGUAUAA